AUGUGCUAUGACCGCUACGUUUCCAUCUGCAAACCCCUGCACUACGGGACCCUCCUGGGCAGCAGAGCUUGUGCCCACAUGGCAGCAGCUGCCUGGGCCAGUGCCUUUCUCUAUUCGCUGCUGCACACAGCCAAUACAUUUUCCCUGCCCCUGUGCCAUGGCAAUGCCCUGGGCCAGUUCUUCUGUGAAAUCCCACAGAUCCUAAAGCUCUCCUGCUCCAAAUCCCAAGUAAGGGAAGUGGGACUUCUUGCUGUCAGUGCCUGUCUGGUAUUUGGCUGUUUUGUGUUCAUUGUUUUCUCCUAUGUGCAGAUCUUCAGAGCUGUGCUGAGGAUCCCCUCUGAGCAGGGACGGCACAAAGCCUUUUCCACCUGCCUCCCUCACCUGGGUGUGCUGUCCCUGUUUAUCAGCACAGCCACAUUUGCCUAUUUGAAGCCUCCCAACAUUUCCUCCCCAUCCCUGGAUCUGGCCCUGUCAGUUCUGUACUCGGUGGUGCCUCCAGCCCUGAACCCCCUCAUCUACAGCCUGAGGAACCAGGAGCUCAAGGCUGCAGUGUGGACACUGAUGAAUCGUUUCCUAGGGAUCAUCUGGGGUUGA